AUGGAAUAUGAUUACAGCCCCAUCAUAGGGCAACAAUACUGUCUUCCCUACCCUACAAACCUUGCUUUCACUACAAAGAUUGCAGGAGUGAGGCACGGUGAGCUCGCCGUCAUCGAUGUUAAUGGCAAUCCCCUCUUUUGGUUUGAUGGCUCUUCUAAGGAUAAUAAGUGGAUCUUAGUUGAUGCAAUCUCUUCAUGCACCCUCAUUUCCAUGAGAGAAAAGGAUUGGAGUCUUCAUGAACGGUGGGAUGUAUUCAGAGGUGAUAGCACAAAUAAAAAGGAUUUAUUGUUUAGAGUGAAGAGGAGCUCAGCUUUGAAAAUUCAUCCUAAGUUGGAAGUGUUUCUUGCUGACAAUACUAAGGAAGAUGAGUGUGAUUUCAAGAUCAAAGGAAAAUACAGAAAGAGAUCAAUCAUGAUUUACAAAGCAAACAAAUCCACUGUUCUAGCUCAGAUGAGGAAGGAACACAAUGUUGUGAAGUUUCCAUUGGAAAAGGAUGCAUUUGGGGUGAACAUCAGUCCAUACACAGACUAUGCCUUCAUUGCCACACUCAUUGCAAUUCUUCAUGAGAUCUCCCAAGAAUCAACUCGUCUCAAGGAGGAGUUAUCUGAAGAAGUAGUUUCUCAAAUGGUUGAAGAAUUAGUUUCAUCUUAA